AUGAGUUGGCGGCGUCGGCAACGAAUGAUAGUUGACGAAGCAGCAGCACUCGAAGGCUGCCCUCCACUCUUCAUCGGUCUCUCACCCAUGGACACUAGAACCACCGCGAUGCUCGAGACAUCCUGCGGGUAUCUUCUUCAAGAACUACAAAUGAUUUGGGAUGAAAUUGGCGAAGAUGAAUUCGAAAGAGAAAAGGUUCUGGUUGAUCUCGAGCAUGAAUGUCUUCAAGUUUAUCGAAGAAAAGUUGACAACGCAAACAUGUCGAGGUCUCGUUUACAUCAAGAGUUGGCUGAUUCGGAAGCUCGAUUUACUCAUAUGCUUUUGUCACUCGAUGAACGCUCGCUUCCUAGGCCGGAGAAAAUGGCCGGAGCUCUGAAAGAACAACUCGGGGCGAUUGCGCCGGCGUUAAAGAAAUUGCAAUUGAGAAAGGCGGAGAGAAUGAAACAGUUUCGAACAGUUCAGUCGCAGAUUCAAAAGAUUUCUGCAGAAAUUGCAGGUCAAUCUGAAUAUGACGAUUCGUUACCUGAUGUUAUCAUAAAUGAAAACGAUCUAUCGUUAAAGAAACUUGAAGAAUAUCAAAUGGAGCUUCAAAGACUCCAUGCCGACAAGAAUGACAGGCUCGAAAGGGUGAAAAACUACAUAAACACGAUUCAGAAGUUGUCGAGUACGUUAGGAGUGGAUUCAUCGAUGAUCAUAACAAAAGUGCAUCCGAGCUUGAACGAUUUAUCGGGUCUCACCAAGAACAUGAGUGAUCGUAUUUUAGAUAAACUCAAUAGCACGGUUGAAUCCCUUGAAGCAGAAAAGCGUUUGCGGAUUGAAAAGCUUCGAAAUCUUGGGAAUUCUUUGAAAAAAUUAUGGGAUCUAAUGGAUACACCUUACAUAGAUCGAGAAUUAUUUUCACACAUUUCUGGUUCAACGUCGUCUUCGACCAAUAUCUCUGCUCCUGGAAGUCUGGCCAUCAAGAUGAUCGAGCAGGCAGAGGCUGAAGUUGAGAGAUUGGAUGAAUUGAAAGCGAGUAAAAUGAAAGAAGUUGUUGUAAAGAAACAGAGUGAGGUCGAGGAGAUUUGCAGGCGAUCGCAUAUGGAGGUCCCGUCGUUAUCUGAGACUGACCAUAUUCUUAAUUCGAUAAGCAGAGGGAAGAUGGACUACACAGAUCUCCUAAAGAGCAUGGAUGAGCAAAUAGCAAGAGCCAAAGAUGAAGCUUCGAGCAGGAAAAUGAUUAUGGAAAAGGUUGAGAAAUGGGCGUUAGCACGAGAAGAGGAACGAUGGCUAGAAGAAUAUAACAUGGACGAGAAUAGAUAUAUGGUCAGUAGAGGCGCUCACAAAAAUCUAAAACGAGCGGAACGUGCUCGUAGUUUGGUCAAUAAAAUACCAGCUUUAGUGGAGUCAUUGAUUUUGAAAACAAGGAGUUGGGAAGAAGAAAGGAAGAAGGUGUUUUUAUAUGACGAGGUACCUUUACUCACACUAAUGGAAGAGUACAAUAUGUUGAGACGUGAAAAAGAAGAAGAGAAACAACGACGUCAAAGGGAUAAAAAGAUUGCUCAAAGUCAAGUAGUCGUUUUGCACGAGAGUGUGAUGUGGACACGACCAGUCACGGGCUCUCAUCGUGGCUUGGACCAAAGUAUUGAUGGCAACAAACGAAAUUCCACAGGCAUACAAGUAGAAUCGAGCAACGAGAGAUUAUCACAUAAAAGUGCACCCUUUGUAAAGAAUGAGAAUGUAUCUAAGAAACUUCAGCGUAGUCGUCUUGAUCGCCGUUUUGGAGAAGAUCUACCUUCAACUGUAUCCACAUUUUCAAGUCUUCGAUCUCCUUGACCAUGUUUUACACAACCUUAAAGCAUAACAUUCAUGUUUAUUUGAUGGAAACUUUUUUAAUAAUCUACAUUUGUUUUAUACUAUUAUUGUUAAAUAAUUGACUUAUACAUGUAAAAAGACUAGAACAUUUGUAAAUUGACC